GUUUGCUGCGGGGAUCCGGAGGCUGCUCCCGCGACGUUUUCUCUUCCCCUGUAGUCCUGCAGCGGAAGCUUGGCCCUUGACGUUUCCUUCUCCUCCGGAGGAGAGCUUGGGAUGUGGUAAUGCCAGCCAGACUUUUCAGAGCCCUGACCAGAUCUCACUAUAUUUUAUCAAAAGCACAUCAGUGCCGAAGAUUUGUUCAUCUAACAUUAAAACCACCUAAGAAAUUUGAAAAUACAACAUGCACCAUCCUGACAACAUGUCAGAACUUGGAUUUGUUCUUUCCUGAUUCAGCAGCUGGUGGUUUAAAUAAAUCUCAGAUCCUGGAAAUGAACCGAAAAACAUCAAACACAAGCGUACUCUUUCUAUUAAGUGCUGUGCAUUGCCAAGCUGAAAAAGCACACCUUCCAUCCAUGAAAUCCUUUGCUGCUCACAGGAAAGUGACCCACAAGCCAAAUCUAUUGGGUUCUAAGUGGUUUAUAAAAAUACUAAAGAGACAUUACUCACCUAUGUCAACUGAAAUAUUUGUUCCAAAACAAGACAUUCCCCAAGUCAAGAGACCACUAAAAGCAUCCAGGACCAGGCAGCCAUCCAGGACCAACCUUCCAGUCCUGUCUGUGAACGAGGACCUGAUGCAGUGCACAGCAUUUGCAACAGCAGAUGAAUAUCAUCUGGGGAAUCUCUCUCAAGACCUGGCCUCCCACGGAUACGUUGAAUUGAUUAUUUUGUUUUUCCAAAUCAGGGAAGGAGCUGCUGUGUUUUGGAAUGUGAAAGACAAAACUAUGAAGCAUGUGAUGCAAGUUCUUGAAAAACAUGAGAUUCAGCCCUAUGAAAUUGCACUAGUACACUGGGAAAAUGAAGAGCUUAACUACAUAAAAACAGAGGGACAGUCAAAACUUCACAGAGGGGAAAUCAAGUUAAAUGUGGAGCUGGAUUUAGAUGAUGCCAUUCUAGAGAAAUUUGCUUUCUCCAAUGCUCUUUGCCUUUCAGUGAAACUGGCUAUUUGGGAAGCAUCACUGGAUAAAUUUGUUGACUCUAUUCAGUCGAUUCCAGAGGCUUUAAAAGCCGGAAAGAAGGUGAAACUAUCUCAUAAAGAAGUUAUGCAGAAAAUGGGUGAACUCUUUGCCCUAAGGCACCGUAUAAACUUGAGUUCAGACUUCUUGAUUACUCCUGAUUUCUACUGGGAUAGAGAAAACCUGGAAGAACUUUAUGAUAAAACUUGUCAAUUCCUUAGCAUUACUCGAAGAGUUAAGGUCAUGAAUGAAAAACUUCAGCACUGCAUGGAACUAACAGAUCUAAUGCGGAAUCACCUGCAGGAAAAGAGGGCACUUCGCCUGGAGUGGAUGAUCGUCAUCCUCAUCACCAUAGAGGUACUGUUUGAGCUGGGACGAGUAUUUUUCUGAUCAGGGGAUAACCAAGUGUUAUUGCAAGAAAUACUCAAGUUCUACAAUCAAAAAUAAAUGUUCAGGGCUGGCUGCUUAGCUCACUUGGGAGAGUGAU